UGGUUCCCUUCCCUGAAGAUGACCAAAUCUUUACUCCUUCGCCCUUUUCUUCUUCCCGCUUUGUCUCCACCUCUUCCCUUCCCUCUCCUUAAUUCCUCUGCCCUGCGGAUUCGUAAUCUUGGGACUAAUUCAGAACUACUCUUCCCAGCUUGCCCCGCGCAGGGAGUAGCCGAGUGGGAGGAGCAAAGUGCCCAGUUCCCGGAGUCAACGGGGCUGCUGGGAAAUGGUGUCCAUUUCCUUUCCGUGUUGCGUGACUAGGGAGGUGAAGAAGUCAAGUAAACAAACUACAGUUCCCGGCGGCCUCCGCGCACAACAGUUACAGGCCCAAAGACUGCGACUGGCAUACACAAGGAGCUCCCAUUAUGGUGGUUCUCUGCCCAAUGUUAACCAGAUUGGCUGUGGCCUGGCUGAGUUCCAGAGCCCCCUUCACUCACCUCUGGAUUCAUCUCGGAGCACUCGGCACCAUGGGCUGGUAGAACGGGUACAACGAGAUCCCCGCAGAAUGGCAUCCCCACUCCGCCGCUACCCCCGCCACAUUGACAGUUCUCCCUACAGUCCUGCCUACAUAUCUCCUCCCCCGGAGUCCACCUGGCGCAGGACAAUGCCCUGGGGCAAUUUCCCUGCAGAGAAGGGGCAGUUGUUUAGACUGCCAUCUGCACUUAACAGGACAAGCUCUGACUCAGCCCUUCACACAAGUGUGAUGAACCCCAACCCCCAGGACACAUAUCCGGGCCCCACACCUCCCAGCGUCCUUCCCAGCCGCCGCGGGGAUUUUCUAGAUGGCGAAACGGACUCCAAAGUCUUUCUCUUUCAAGUCCCCGCUAUUGAGGAGAACUUGGUAGAUGACAAGCAUUUGCUGAAGCCAUGGGAUGCUAAGAAGCUGUCCACAUCCUCCUCCCGACCUCGGUCCUGUGAAGUUCCUGGAAUUAACAUCUUUCCAUCCCCUGACCAGCCUGCCAGUGUGCCUACCCUCCCACUUGUCAUGAACUCGGGAGGCUCCCUGCCUGACCUCACCAACCUGCGCUUUCCCCCACCGCUGCCCACCCCUCUGGACCCUGAAGAGACAGCUUACCCCAGCCUGAGUGGGGGCAACAGUACCUCCAAUUUGACCCACACCAUGACCCACCUGGGCAUCAGCGGGGGCCUGGGCCUGGGCCUAGGCUACGAUGCGCCAGGACUUCAUUCACCUGUCAGCCACCCAUCCCUGCAGUCCUCCCUAAGUAAUCCCAACCUCCAGGCUUCCCUGAGCAAUCCUCAACCCCAGCUCCAGGGCUCCCACAGUCACCCCUCACUGCCCGCCUCCUCCUGGGCCCGCCACGCACUGCCCACCACUUCCCUGGGCCACCCCUCACUCAGUGCCCCAGCCCUCUCCUCUUCUUCCUCCUCCUCUACUUCAUCCCCUGUGCUGGGCGCCCACCCUUACCCACCUUCCACCCAUGGGGCCUCCCCCCGCCACCGCCGUGUACCCCUCAGUCCCCUGACUUUGCCUGCGGGCCCAGCCGACGCCAGAAGGUCCCAACAGCAGCUGCCCAAACAGUUUUCGCCAACAAUGUCACCCACCUUGUCUUCCAUCACUCAGGGCGUCCCCCUGGACACCAGUAAACUGCCCACUGACCAGCGGCUGCCCCCAUACCCAUACAGCCCCCCUAGUCUGGUUCUGCCCACCCAGCCACCUACCCCAAAGCCUCUACAGCAGCCAGGGCUGUCCUCUCAGGCCUGCUCAGCGCAGCCCUCAGGUGGGCAGCCCCCAGGAAGGCAGCCACACUAUGGGACACUGUGCCCACCUGGCUCUAGUGGGCACUGGCAACAGUCUUACCACCGGCCAAUGAGUGACUUCAGCCCGGGGAAUCAGGAGCAGUUCAGAAUGGAGAACCCAUCAACCAGCCUGGUGCUGGAUCCCUCCGACUUUUCUGAAGGGCCUGGAUUUUUAGGGGGCGAGGGGCCAGUGGGUGGCCUCCAGGACCCUCAUGCCCUCAACCACCAGAACUUGACACACUGUUCCCGCCAUGGUUCAGGGCCUAACAUCAUCCUCACAGGAGACUCCUCCCCAGGUUUCUCUAAGGAGAUUGCAGCAGCCCUGGCUGGAGUGCCUGGUUUUGAGGUGUCAAAAGGGUUGGAGCUGGGGCUGGGGCUGGAGGAUGAGCUGCACAUGGAGCCACUGGGCCUUGAAGGGCUAAACAUGCUGAGUGACCCCUGUGCCCUGCUGCCCGAUCCUGCUGUGGAGGAUUCGUUCCGCAGUGACCGGCUACAGUGAGGGGACCUCCUCACUCACCAUCCCUCUUCCUGGCCCCAUUCCCUAUCACUGUCCCUUUCCUCCCUUCCCCCUGGCCAGUAGAAACUCCACUCUCUGCCCCCAGAUCCUCUUUCUAAUGUGAAUGAGGGAUCCCAAGAAUGAGAGAAAGCAAGGGGUUUUGUCCAGGUGGCCCCUGAAUUCUGCACUAGGGGUGGGCCUGGGGAGCUCAAGGGAGGUCCUAAAGCACUUGUAACUUUGAACCGUCUGUCUGGAGGUCAGAGCCUGUUGGAAAGCAGGGGGUAGAGAGGAGCCCCGGAUGCAGGGCUUGUCCGGAUGCCUGGGGGUGGGCAGUGCCAGCCCCUCCUCAACACUCUUCCCCUUGCAAUGGAGGAAAGAGCCAGAGUGGAUAUUAUUUUUUAUUAAAUAUAUUAUAUG